AUGUUCAAUUCUGCUAUUCGAACGAUCACUGAGCUCAAAUUGAUACCGGAAGAUUUAUUUUAUGUCACUGUUAAUGGGAAGAUUGUGGACUGGAAGAAUUUGGAUGAGGAUGUUCACUUCCAAGUGCAUUUCAGACUUCGCGGAGGCAAAGGAGGUUUUGGUUCACUGCUUCGCUCAUUUCGUAUUCAUCGCUCAACUAAUCAGUUGAUGUGCCGCGAUUUAUCUGGACGACGGCUUGCUGACAUUAAGGAGGAAGAGAAACUCCGUAAAUGGAUUGAAAAAGCAGAAGAGAGGGAAGAAGAAAAACGCCGGCAAAGGCAAAAGAAAUACGAGAAAUUGAAAGCAGGUCCUCAAAAACAUGAUUUCAAUGAUCCUGAUUUUAUUCAAACACGGGAAAAAAUCAUGGAAGAAACAGAUGAAGCGUUUGAACAAGGCAUUGUUGUUGCUAAAAGUAAGAGGAUCAAUGAUGGUUUGAUAAAGUCGAAACAGGAAUCACAAGUGGUUGAAGAUGAUGAUUCGGGGGAAAAGACUAUACUGCCAAAACGCAGAAAAAUGAUGGCGAACGAAACACUUGAAUGCGUAAUGCCUAGUUUGGAUGACGAAAGCGGAAGCGUAGUUCCUAUUAAUGAUGGAAGCAAAAAGAGUGUUGAAAAUGAGAAAGAAAAAACGUCUUCAGAAAUAGAAGCACUUUUUAUUGAGAAGUCAAGUAUCGUUGUGGAGAAGGCAUCAAGCAAAGUGACUGAUUUUGAUAUCAACUUGGACGACUACGACAGUGCAGAAAAACUGGAAUCUUUGGGACUGAAUCAUUUAAAACGUGCCCUUGAAGUACGUGGUCUAAAGUGUGGUGGUUCAUUAACUGAGCGAGCAAUUCGACUUUACUCAGUCAAAAAUUUAAAACCGGAGCAGUAUCCGAAAAAUAUCCGUACGCAUAGCAAAAAGAAGUAA